AUGGCUGCCGACGACAUCACACUGACCCCGCCCGUCACCACCGCCAAACUCAGACGAGACCCUCCACCGGCCUUGGAUAUUACUGUGCAGUUCAAUACCGCUGAGGAACGCGACCCAAAACGCCAGGUUUGCACUUAUUUCACCGGUCGGCAACAGAGUUCUCACAAAGCAAUCGCGCAGCCUAGCGUUCUCGUCACACCCACAGGCGAGCAGGAGGAUUCAGAGCCCGAUUUUACCUCUCUUCCUCGCUCAGUUUCUGCCACCUCAUCUCUCGAUCCGUAUUACUUUGGGCUCUCUGACUCCCCGGUCCCGCCUCUUCCCACAGGACAUCUGCAUAUCAGCACCACUCCGGACCAACUCCACUCCUCAUAUACUUCCGAUCCCGUUACACCGGCUAAAGAUCCGGCGCUCAUCGACCGACGAGGUCUCAUUGGGGUAGGGGAACUAACCACCCCGCGCUGGACGCGCUCUUCCCACAACAAGGAGGACACGGUCACCCCAGUAUUGGAUUCAGUCGGGGAAGGAUACGAAGAUCACAUUGGCGACGGAGAUCUUCCUGAUGAUCAUCCAGACAGUCCGUGGACGAUAGAGGCAGUGGAUGGGGAAGUCUCUGACCCAGAACAGGCUCAGGAAGUUAAGCCUGCUGCGAGAACACUUCGGGAGAGACCUUCCAUGACCGAAGAGAGCGGGGGAGAAGAGAUCCUCUAUCCACGAUCCGGCCUCAUGGGACCGGUACCCGAGCUGCCAUCUGCAGUCCGCUCGUCUAGUGAGAUCACCCAAGCCGACGAAAAAUACGUCGCUGCCCCGCUCGAUUUAGCCAUUUCCAUUGUUGAAGCAUCGCCGCCGAGUUCUUUUGCUCAAUCACGCAAAGCUAGGAAGCGGAGUUCGGAUGAGUUUGAGCACGACAACUCGGGAAGUCUUGUAUCGAAUAGAGCGAGCUCGGGACCCUCGAAGGAACGGGUUUCGAGGGACGAAAAGUUCUCGACACGCAAGCAUCGCAGCCUGAACGUGGGGAGCCCUACUCGAACCAAGGAACGACGUCGCGAAAGUUUGGGUUUGUCGCACAGCAGCAGCCUUGUCGCCGCUAGCACGGCGAAGGGUUCCGAGCGACAUUCGCGCCAGGCAUCAGCAAGCUCAGUGUCUUCAACCCAGCGGGGGCAUAAUACCGAUUUCUCUCAUCUUCCGCCUUCACCAUCCUCGACUUCGAUUCUUAGCUUUCUGAAGCACCAAGGUCCUAACGUCCCAUCACAGACCCCGCCCUUGGUCUCUUCUAGCUCACGUGACAGCACGCAAUCGCAUUCCUCUCCCAACGUUGCACACUCGCUGUUGAGAGGCACCCAGGAGGGCUGGUCCGGUCUUGACGACGAAGCGACAACCGAAGCACUGCGUAAACUAGACGGGCUGAGUGGUAAAAGCGCGCGUGCUCGAGCCAGUGUGGCCAGCUUCACUCGGUCCAGCAGUCGUCCAGGGACCCCGGCCAAGGCCAGCGGUCAAUGGGAAGGCAUUGGCCUGAUCGAGAACAACCGCCGCGACAGUGUUGUUGACGGCAGCAUCAUCGACAGCGGUGCUGUUGACAGCAGCGAUCUCAUAGGCAGUGCCCUCAGCAGUGACGAGCAGCCGUUGGGUCCCUCUAAUACCGAGAAGACACCGAAGAAGGGCACGACCAGUGCGCGCUCUAGCUUCACUCCGAAGCGGGGUUCGACUUCCUCAACGACUUAUGCUAGCACGCCGACAACAAGCUCGCGCGAUUCAGCGCAGAUGUCUGUCACGACCGCCGCAACAUCAGUUUCGGCUGCCUCAAGCCGCCACUCUCUGGGAAAGACCAGUCGCAAUAGUAUCGGCAGUGAUGCAUCGAGCAUACACUCUAGUGAGGCUACCUCCCUUAGAGAACGCGUUGCUGCUCUCGCCACUGCUGGAGAGCCCCCUGAGGAAACGCCAGUCCCCCCUGUCCCUCCUCUGCCGAAAGAUCUCUCGACAUAUCGAUCGCCUCCGCCGACCUCGAUUGGGUUGACUUUUCCUGCCUUGCAGGACGACAGAAGUGAACGCGUUCACGUAGUUUCUCUCGAGGUGCCCAGCGCGGGAAAUCCAACUAUCGUUGCUUCGCAGCCUUACUCCGCUGGCUAUACCAGUCAAACUUCGUCGGGACCCGAGUCAUCGUCUGCGCUUCCCAAAACUCCAUCGAAGAAAUGGAGCAUUUCGAACGCCCUCAAUCUAAGGUUAUCGAGUUCCCCUUCCUCCGGUGCUGUCUCCAGUCCCAAGUCGCCACGUGCUGUCACGUUCGGUGGUCAGCACUCGCGCAAGUCUUUGUCCAAGGAGAAAACCUUAUCUCCUGCGCAAACCGGAGGCAAUCCCUGGGAGCAGCCUGCAGCAAUGUCUUCUGCUGCUUCUUUGACAUCUCUCUCUUCAGUUGGCUCGGUCCGGAGCCCGGGUCUGCUCAGGAAGACCCCUGACCGCGGCGCCGUCGCCAGCCGUACUGGCACAGAUUCAAGCGCCAGUACGAACAAUACCACUGCUGCACUUUCGCCGCAGAGCGUUCCAAUGAGCCCAGGGUCAUCCAUGCGACGCAAUCAGUCCAAGCGACUCACACCUUCUUCUAUUCCGUUCUUUCGCCGUUCUUCGUCCCAGUCCAUGCAGAUUCCAGCCCCGGCUCCGUCGGCUUCGUCGCCGACUCAAUCGUCGUCGAGAUCUGCGAAAGCAGAUUCGGACUAUAAUCCAGCCGUCUCGACCUCGACACCUGGCAAAAAAUCUUCUGUUCUCUCACUUCUCAAGGGUUCUAGCUCAAGACGGAGUCUGCAUGCUGAUUCAAAAGAGGCUGCCAAAGAGUUGCAGAGACUUAAGGACGCAGAGAAAGAUAAGGAACGGUUGGCAAAAGCAGCAGAGAAGGAGAGGCUUAAGAAAGAGGAACGGGAUCGCAGCGAGAGUAGGAUAUCAGUUCUCAUGGGCCGGAAACGGGGCAAGACGUUGUCAUCGACUGAUCCUCCUGCGCGCAAAGUCAAGUCUCCGGUCCACCUUCCUCCGCUACAGAUGGCCGCCAUUGAACCAGUCACAGCCCAACGCGUCGCUCGACUCAAGUCGUCGUCGACUAGUUCAUCGCCGGCUUCCACACCAAGUGUUAGUUCCAGGACUGCUUCUGCAUCUAGAAUCACGUCAGCCACUGUAAGCUCGAUGCAAAAGCAGUCUGACAGCUCUCUGCGGACCCGGAACCAGCUCCCUACAAUCGCAGGUUCUCCGUCGGUGGCAGGAGGAGCAACCGUGAAAGAUGUCAAGGAGCCGCCUCCAGUGUCGAUGAACAACUCCGUUUCAGGUCUCCCGAAGGAAACGCCUACCAAGAUCCCUCGCAUUUCGAGCAGAACUUCAACCGUCAGCUCGCCCUUGCAGAGAAAUCAUGUCGGAAGUCGGCGAGCUAGUGCAACAAUUGGUCCUUCCUCCAAUAACCCAUCGCCGACCAUCUUGUCUACGAACGAGUUCGGUGUAAUCGAUGGCGAAGACGUUCAAGGUCAACACGCUGUCAAAACGAUCACUCGGACCGGGUCGAUCCGGGCAUCGCCAGCAACAUUAUCGACAGCGGGUGCGUCGACAGGAACCGGAACGACAUCCCGAGUUGCGCGGCAAUCGACUGGUACUGCCGCGUCUAGUUCAUCCACUAUGCUGACUCGCAAGAACCGGGAGUCGGUCUCCUUCACGGGCCUGCGCAAGUCGUCGACGACGUCCGGCCCGGCUCCAGAAUCGUCGUCGAACAGUCACAGGUUCUCAGCUCUUUCUCCCUCGCGGGGGUUGAAACUUUUGAGCCCCAAAAUUGGACUUUCAUCGAGCAAGAACUCGAAUUCGACUUCAACUCAAAGCAUACAUCAGGUUGCCAACUCACCGUCCUCCAGCAGACAAUCUCUUUCAACCCCGUCGCCCGAUCCCGCUAGCCUCGUCGACGAGGAGGAAGUGGCCGCGGACGAGGAAAUGAUGCAGUAUAUCCGUAGGCAGCAGGCGAAGAAAUUGCAGGCGGGUGCCAGCCAGGAGGAACUUGACGACUUGUUACGCUUUCCCGAACCCUUGGCGCCUGGCACUGCCUACUCUCCAGCAGCCAUUCUCGGAGGCAGCCAGAAUCAAUAUCUUUCCGCCUAUGAGCGGAAAGAGAUGCUCGACUUUCCUUCCGUUUACUUCAUCGGACCUCAGAGUAAGAAGAAACCGGCAGUUCCCGAGAUUUCUACCAACAAUUAUGGCUAUGACGAUGACCGGGGAGAUUACCUGGUCGUCAACCACGACCAUCUGGCAUACCGCUACGAAGUGAUCGAUACUCUGGGCAAGGGAUCCUUUGGCCAGGUUUUGCACUGUCGAGACCACUGCACCGGCGAGUCAGUUGCGAUCAAGAUCAUCCGGAACAAGAAGAGAUUCCACCAUCAAGCUAUUGUGGAGAUCAAGAUCUUGGAUAAUCUGCGGAAAUGGGAUCCUGACGAGAAGCACUAUGUUAUCAAGAUGACCGAGCACUUUUACUUCCGGAAUCAUCUGUGCAUCGCCAUGGAAUUACUGAGCAUCAACCUGUACGAACUGAUCAAGGCCAAUAAUUUCGCUGGCUUCACGACCACUCUCAUCCGGCGUUUCACGACACAAAUGCUGAUGUCCCUUUCGCUCAUGCGGCACCACCGGAUCGUACAUUGCGAUCUCAAACCAGAGAACGUCUUGCUCCGGCAUCCUGCGAAGAGCUCGAUCAAGGUCAUUGAUUUUGGCAGCAGUUGUCUCGAGCACGAGAAAAUCUACACAUAUAUUCAAAGUCGAUUCUACCGUUCCCCCGAAGUGAUUUUGGGCAUGAACUAUCACAUGGCCAUUGACAUGUGGAGUUUGGGUUGUAUUCUGGCGGAGCUGUUCACAGGUUUUCCAAUCUUUCCUGGUGAGAAUGAACAAGAACAGCUGUCGUGCAUAAUGGAGGUUCUGGGUAUCCCGGAUAAAGAAUUUGUGAACAAGAGUUCGCGCAAGAAGUUGUUCUUCGAUCCAAACGGUGCCCCCCGAGUUGUUGUCAACUCAAAGGGUCGGCGAAGACGACCUGGUACGAAGACGCUGGCCCAAGUGCUGCGGUGCACCGAUGAAGACUUCAUUGACUUCAUAGCGAAAUGCCUCAUUUGGGAUCCGGAGCGACGGAUAAAGCCGCAAGCCGCACUGCGCCAUCCGUUUGUAGUAGCCGGGAAACGGCCUCGACCGUUGGCAACCCCGGCAGCGACGCUCAGAGCUGGGUCCUCGUCCAACCUAGCUGCCUCGACUCUUGGCAGCAGCCGAACAAAGCACGUGAUGGAGACUCCCAAAAAGUCGCUGAUCAGUGCGCCCACGCCGUUGACGGCGCGGACUUCGCGAACGACGACCUCGGGCAAUGUACCCACAACCCCCAGCAACUCUUCGCAGCCAUCCACCGUCGGCUCCUCGCGGUCAUAUCGAGCAAGUCAAAGCCAGAGUCUGUCGACUUACCACUCGAGCAGGACGGUUACUGCUGGGAAGUAGUCAUACCCUCCUUUGUACCUCUUAUUGUGCUUUCUGUUGUCGUUUUCAAUUCUCUAGCGCUUAUUCUACUUAAUCAAUUCACCUCGAUUUGGUACACAAAUGACAUGUCACGGGUCGCCCUCGUCAGUAUCGAUCCAUUGGUCUA